GAUUGCAUUUCAGCUUUCACUUUCAGAUCAUGUAGGAGCCAGAGAAGGGUGAUUGGGUUUUUAAGAGAAAAUUAGGAGGAUCCCAGGGAUCCCACCCCUGGUGAGACACCCCUCAACGAGUGCUGAAUUCUGCCUGUCUGCUCUCUUAAGAGCCAUCUUCUCUGAGCCAUGAGACUCCCUUGGCACCCAGCAGGGCUCCCGAGCAGCUAACAGCAGGUGCUAACUCUGUAAGAAGAUUUGGGAAGCACUGAAACUUCUCAAGUUCGAUGGGAUGCCCUAGAAGCACCGCCAUUUCAGAGCAGCCCCGAGGAGAUGGCGCCCUGCUCCUGCCCCAGCUCUGUGCUCUGCAUCCUCCCCUCCCUGCUGCUCCUCCUCCAGCUGCCCCUUGGGGGAUCCCAAGAGAGGUUCCGUGUGCUUGGCCCCCCAGACCCCAUAGUGGCAGAGCUGGGUGAGGAUGCCACACUGCCCUGCUCCCUGGACCCAGUCAUGAGUGCAGAGAACAUGGAGUUGAGGUGGUUCCGGUCCAAUGUCUGGGAGUCAGUGUUCACCUAUCAAGACCAGCAGGAGUGGAAUGAGGAGCUGAUGGCCGAGUACGCAGGGCGGACCUCGCUGGUGGGGGAAUUCCUCAGUGAGGGGGAGGCUGCUGUGCGCAUCCACAAGGUCCAGGCUGCUGACAACGGGCUGUACACCUGCUUCUUCAGCAACGGAGUCUUCCAUGGGCAAGCCAGCUUGGAGCUGCAGGUGGCAGGUGUGGGCUCUGGCCCCCAAGUGCACAUCAUGGGGCCAGAGGAGGACGGGGUGCGUGUGGUGUGCAUGGCCUCGGGCUGGUUCCCGGAGCCCCAGGUGCAGUGGAGACACCCCCAUGGGGAGCAGUUCCAGAACUUCUCCAAGGUCCAUGCCCAGGACACUGAGGGGCUGUUCAGCGUGGAGUCUGCUCUGGUGGUGAGAGACAGCUCUGUGGGGAGCGUGACCUGCUCCAUCCUCAACCCAGUCCUGCUUCAAGAGAAGGUCAUGGCCAUGGUCAUCCCAGACCAGAGGAAGGCAGCUUACCUGGCUGCCUGGAGGAAGGCCCAGCUGUAUGCAGGGGACCCCACCAGGAAGGACCUGGGGUUCCUGGUCUCCUCUCACUCUGGAGCCUCCAUCUGA